GAAGUUGUUUCCAGGGUUUCCCCACUUCCUGCGAUGCAAGGUUGCAUAUUGUUGGGAAGAUUCAUGGCCUUAUACAGACAAAAUAGGCUCUUUAAAAUAUCCCAGUUGAAACAGAGUUGCGGACAGGUGCACGGAACAAAAUGAAUUAUAUGCCAGGAACAGCAAGCCUCAUCGAGGAUAUCGAUAAGAAGCACCUUGUUUUACUCCGAGACGGCAGAACGUUGAUUGGAUUUCUGAGAAGCAUCGACCAGUUUGCAAAUCUGGUUUUACAUCAAACCGUGGAAAGAAUACACGUCGGCAAGAAAUAUGGCGACAUUCCAAGAGGAAUAUUCAUAGUCCGUGGAGAGAACGUCGUUCUUCUGGGAGAGAUCGACCUGGAGAAGGAGUGUGACACCGUUUUAAAGCAAGUGUCCAUUGAAGAGAUCCUGGAGGAACAGCGAGCACAGCAGCAAGCCAAGCUGGAGGCAGAGAAAGCCAAGCUGCAGGCGCUGAAAGAGAGAGGACUGUCGGUUCCCAGGGCAGACGUAUUGGAUGAAUACUGAUACAGACUACGCACUUUUUUCUUUUUUGCAAUGAAUUUCCGCUUCAGCUGACAUUCGGACAAACCUUUUGGUUGACGCCGGGAAUCUAAAGACGAUGAUUAAUCGUUUUAUUUUUAUUGUGUGCUCAUGUUGCAUUUAAAUUUGAAUGGGAAGUAUAUUUAAACCACAAUUAUUUUGGUACAUUUUGACGUCUGGAGCCAUGUUAGGACCUAAGGUCUUGACAAAAAGCACUUGUCUUUGCAGGUUUAGUUUAGCUAAUUGCAUUGUUUCUUUGCUGAAAAUAAUGAGCUUGAUUUAUAGUGAUAUUAUUAUUUUAAAUGCUCUCAGAAGAUGACUUGAUGGCUUAUUUUAGUUGGUGCUUAUAUGGAAAAAGAUGAAUCAAGUAAAUCACUGGAACAAUUUUCGUUCUAUUAAAUUCUUCUUUUUUUAUUGUU